GUAGGUUCGGAAGAUAUCUUAACCGAUCCUGCGAGUCGGAACCUAGAUUCCGCGAUUUCGAAGUCCUUCGGCGCGGGCGGGCGGAGAAGGACAAAGACAAGGAUUACCAAAAGCGGAAAGAAUAGAAGCAGAAAGAGCACGUGCGCCGGAUGCCACGCGCGCCGCCGAAUCUGCCGCCGAUGCUCCGUCUUCCCACCCUCAGCAUCGUGCUCCGCGAUGUCGAACUCGGCGAGCAGCUCGACGCGCUCAUGGUCGUCGUCGCCCGGCAUGGCGGUCGGAGAGAAGGACCGCACUUGUGUUGAUCACCUGCGAUGAAGGCACGGGAAACGACGAACGUGAUCCGGGUAGGCGAACGUGCGCUCGAUUCCCAUGCGUAUAGGACGCUAUUGAUAGCAGAGACGAGGCAUGAGCGUCGGAGGCGCCGCCUUUAAAAGCGCUUGAGGGGAUGGCGCAUCGAGCCAAUCCCCAUGCUUGCUUCGGUCAUCGUUCUUGGCGCCCUCGCCAGCCUGCCAAAGGCCUUGGCCGCCACGGCUUGGCGGUUCUCCGCGCCUGCGUCAAGCCCAACGGAGCAGUCCGCCAAUUACACGGGAUUUUCCAACAACACGCUUCAGGACACGAACGUCGUAGAGGGCAAGGUCUUCAACCGUUUCAUCCAGAUCUGGCUUGAGAACACCGACUUCGAUGAUGCUGGAUCUACCCCCGCAUGGGAGAACCUCGCGAAGCGCGGCCUGCUGUUGAGCUCCUACCACAGUCUGACGCAUCCGUCCGAACCGAGUUACAUUGCGUCUGUCGGCGGCGACUUCUGGGGGUUGCACAACGAUGACUACUACCACAUUCCGGAGAAUAUCUCCACCGUCGUCGACCUCCUUGACGAGAAGGGUAUUUCUUGGGCUACCUAUCAGGAAAAUAUGCCCACGGACGCGUUUUACGGCUACAGCUACUCGUCCACGAACUACCUGAACGCGUCGGCGAAGGACUACCCCUUCUACAUGCGCAAGCACAACCCGCUCGAGAUCUAUGACUCCGUCUCGCAAAACGUCACCCGCCAAGGCCGCAUCCGCAACUUCAACGACUUUGCGAAUGACCUAGUCAACGGGUCGCUCUCGCAGUGGAUCUUUGUGACGCCGAACAUGGUGAACGACGCCCACGACACCACUACCGACUUCUGCGCCGACUUCCUCGAGUACUGGCUCUACCCGCUGCUCGACGACGACCGCUUCAACUCCGAGGGCACCGUCAUCGUCCUCACCUUCGACGAGAACGAGACCUAUGCGAAGCAAAACCGCGUCUAUACGCUCGUCCUCGGCAAGGGCCUGCCCAAGCACCUCGUCGGCAAGACGGACGACACGUUCUACACGCACUAUUCGCUCCUCAGCACGGUGGAGGCGAAUUAUGGCCUCAAGAGUUUGGGGAGGAAUGAUGUGAACAAGACCAUGUCGAACGUCUUCGACUUCGUGGCGCACAAGACCGGGUACAAGAACGUGCAUGUGCCCGAGAAGAAGCGCCCGCAGCUCAAUGUCACCGGCGUGUUCGCGGGCCCGCUUAAUCCGCAGAUGUACCUUCCGUUCUACGCCCCCGAGGAUCUGGAUGUCGUAGGCGCGGGUGGGCAGGGCGUGUACGUCGCGGACAGCCUCGACACGUCUGUCAAGUAUAGCACGUUGGGCGACGCGCAGAACUUAACGACGACGCCGUAUCCGUGGAUCGUUGAGGAGGAGGAUUAGGUCGUAUAUCUCUUGUUGGUGGGAUUGAGCGCCGGUCAGGACGGCUGAUUCGUCAAUGUGAUCGUCGUGUGCUGAAGGCAA